CAUUGUUAAUUUAAUUUUUUCAGGCUAUUGCUGGACUGAAUGGGAUGCAACUGGGAGAUAAGAAACUUAUAGUUCAGAGAGCAAGCGUUGGUGCAAAGAACAGUCAGAUGAAUGCUCCAGUGCAAGUUCAGGUACCAGGUCUUAAUCUUACUGGUGGAGCAGGUCCACCCACAGAAGUUUUGUGUCUCAUGAACAUGGUCAUUCCCGAGGAAUUAAGAGAUGAAGAAGAGUAUGAAGAUAUUCUGGAAGAUAUAAAAGAAGAAUGUAAUAAGUAUGGUGUAGUAAAGAGUGUUGAAAUACCAAGGCCCAUAGAAGGUGUGGAAGUACCUGGUUGUGGGAAAGUAUUUGUGGAAUUCAAUUCAGUCAUAGACUGUCAGAAAGCACAACAAAACCUAACUGGUCGGAAAUUUAACAAUCGUGUCGUAGUAACUUCGUAUUUUGACCCAGAUAAAUAUCAUCGACGUGAAUUCUAAGUCUCCCGAUUUUUGAUUUUCAGGCGAUAACUAAAUUUGUUUUUGAACAGCCGUAUAAAUGGAAAGAAAAAAAUUCAAUGGGGUUGUAAAUUUUUUUAUUCAUUUUUUUGUUUAUUGAUCUUAUAGAAGAUGGGUAGAAAUAGCGACUAUUUUCUAGUGUCAGUGUUCCCAUUGAACUGAUUUCAUCUGUCUCCCAGUCUAUAUGGUCAAUGCACUCCAUUUUGUUCACUAAUAUUUCUUACAAUAAAAAUGAUCAUUUUAUCA